AAGAUGUGCAAAACUCUAACUUUCAUUUGCUUUCUGGCACUGUUAAGUCUUAAUAGUGGCGAGAAAACAUGGCGGGAGGAAAUGUACGAGAGUUGCCGUCAUCCUUUGCCCAAAAAGGACUACGAUUUGUGGAAUCUCCCGAUGCGUUGGUUUCGCUAUGCUGCCUACCCGCCGUUCGCCCAGGAUGUCAUUUGUCUGGGCGACAACAAAUUCCUUGGCCAGGUCUUGCAUAAUCUAACGAAUCCACCACUGGAGUACAUACCGCCACUGCCUCUGCCCAUGCUCCUCUGCACCGACUACCAGUACUACGCAGUUCUCAUAUUCUGUGAGAUCAAACGCUUCAAUAAUCAAAUUCAAAAGCGCUACAAUCAAGCUAUGAUAUUAACACAUGCAGAAAUGCCAUCAGCCCGAACGGUCGCGCUGGCCAAGAAGUGCCUCAAGGACUUCAACUAUCGCUACUUGCGGCAAAUGCAGGUGGUGAACUAUCAAAGCUGCUAGAAAAUGAAAGUGAAAGAACAACUAUCCAAAUUAAAUAUUUGUUUAAUAAAGUUCUGGAAACCUAUU